CGGGGCUUUCCCGACGUCUCAGUCCCUGCCCGCCGCCAUCUUGUUUCAUCGCUGCUUCGUGCUCCGUUCGUCACAUCCCCGCCCCCCUCGCUUCGGCCGGGAACGCGCGUCGGCUGGAGCUGGCGCCCCGGGAUUCGCUCCGGGGGCUGAGGCCGCCAAAGCGCGGCAGGAGCCACGGACGCUAGUUACACCGUUACCAUCAUGUCCACAGAUGGCGGCUUUAGUGCAGGGGCCAACAGCGAUGCCCAGCAAUGCCUUCAGUCUUUCUGGCCGCGGGUCAUGGAAGAGAUUCGGAACCUGACCGUGAAAGACUUCAGGGUCCAGGAGCUUCCUCUGGCACGCAUUAAGAAGAUCAUGAAACUUGAUGAAGAUGUGAAGAUGAUCAGUGCAGAAGCACCUGUGCUGUUUGCCAAGGCUGCUCAGAUAUUCAUCACAGAGUUGACAUUACGGGCAUGGAUACACACAGAAGAUAACAAACGCAGGACUUUGCAGAGAAAUGACAUUGCCAUGGCCAUUACCAAGUUUGAUCAGUUUGACUUUCUCAUCGAUAUUGUUCCAAGGGAUGAGCUUAAACCUCCCAAACGCCAGGAGGAGGUGCGCCAGGCUGUGACUCCGGCAGAACCUGUCCAGUACUACUUUACGCUCGCGCAGCAGCCUGCUGCCGUCCAGGUCCAGGGGCAGCAGCAGGGGCAGCAGACCACCUCAUCCACGACCACUAUCCAGCCUGGGCAGAUCAUAAUUGCACAACCUCAGCAGGGGCAGACAGCCCCUGUGACCAUGCAGGUGGGAGAGGGCCAGCAGGUGCAGAUUGUCCAGGCGCAGCCUCAAGGGCAGACCCAGCCGGCGCAGAGCGGAACUGGGCAGACCAUGCAAGUCAUGCAACAGAUCAUCACCAACACGGGUGAAAUCCAGCAAAUACCGGUUCAGCUCAACGCUGGCCAGCUGCAGUAUAUCCGUUUGGCUCAGCCGGUGUCGGGCACUCAGGUGGUCCAGGGCCAGAUCCAGACGCUCACAGCCAACACGCAGCAGAUUGCACAGACAGAGGUCCAACAGGGGCAGCAGCAAUUCAGCCAGUUUACUGACGGACAGCAACUGUACCAGAUCCAGCAAGUGACCAUGCCUGCUGGCCAGGACAUCACCCAACCCAUGUUCAUCCAGUCCACCAAUCAGACAACAGAUGGGCAGGCCCCCCAGGUCACAGCAGACUGAGCUGGCCCAGCUAAUGGGACAGAACUUGCGCCAGCUGAGUUGCCACCCUGCCAACCUGGUCUGAAGAUGCUUUUCAAUCCUGUUCACCCACCCCAUCCCCAGAUCCCUUUCUAAUGAUAUCUCUUCCUUUGAGGCAAAGCCGUCAAGGGCUGCGAUCUGUAAUUAAUAUGAACUGCUUCAGUCUGUUGGGAGGAGAGAUAUCCUCCAAUGGACAGUAAUGCAAUAUUUUUCUUUCUUUUGUGUGUGUGAGUGUGUGUAUUUUUAAAAAGGAAAUUGUGAAUUCUACCAUUCCAUCUGGUACCCGCUUUUUUUAAAAGGGAUUUGCUGAGCACUAUGGUUAUUCUACUUCCUGUUAAUUCAGCAGUCUGCCAUCUUUUCUGUGUCCUUCUCUGACCAGUGAAUACUAUUGUCGCCCCUACUUAACAUUAGACAAACAUAUCCCACCUUUGUAAUUCAGCAAGGCUCCAUCAGCAUCUGUAUAUAUAUAUAUGUGCGUGUGUGUGAGUGUGUGUGUGUGUGAGAAAGGGUUUUUCCCAUUUUUUAAAAGAAAUUCCUAUGCCUAAGUAUUGGUAUUUGCAGCUUCAGAAAGGACGAAAAGGCCCCCUUCAGCCGUCCCUAUGUUUAAGUCUAUUUUCUAAAGGCUUUAAAGGUGGCUUGACUCUAUUUUGGAAUCACUUGAGAGAAUUUGGACACACAAAUAUGAUUUAUCGGUCAACUGUAAAAAGUCAGUGCAUGUAUUUAAAAGCUGCAUGAAAUGCAAUAAACUUUUUUUUUAAAGAGA